AUGGACAUCCCUAUACCUGAUCAAAUUCCUUACACUGGUGAGGAAGGAGGUCCUAAGUUGGAAGACAUUGAUGAUGCCUUACACUUACCAAGGACAGAAAUUAACAAUGUUUGGAUCAAUAGAAGAGACUAUUCUGGGAUACCUGUGGAUUUCUUAUACGAGAAAGCCAGGAUCUUUGCUGAAGCUUUAAGCAUGGACGCCUUAGAAAGUGUUCUAACUUUGUUGAUAUAUGGACAAGUUUUAUUUCAUCGUUGCGACAAAAUUGUUGAUAGGGCUGCUAUUAAGAUCUUCCUUAGAAAGAAUCAUGUUCCUACUCUACUUGGUGAUUUAUUGCACUCCAUCAAUGCCAGAGUAACAAAGAGACAAGGUUGUGUCUUAGGAUGCAUUCCUCUUCUACACAAGUGGUUUAUUUCUCACUUGCCUCGAUCAGUAAUAAAGAAUGAAGAAGGUUUGACUUGGAUUCAGAGAAUUAUGAAACUUUCUUAUGAUGACAUCAUCUGGCAUCAAAAGGAGUUUGAGGGUAUCCAGUUAUUUGACCGUUGUGGAGAAUUCCCUAAUGUACCUCUUCUUGGUACCCGAGGGGGAAUCACUUAUAAUCCUGUCCUCGCUCGACAUCAGUUUGGUUUUGCUUUGAAAGAUAAGCCACGCUCCAUAUACCUUAGUGCAGAAAAUUUUGACUACAACUCCGAUACCUCCGGAAAAAAGAGUCGUUUCAUUAAAGCUUGGUACGAGGUAAAAAAGGUAGGUGUAAGAGAUUUGGGAACAAGGACCUAUACUCCUUCAGACCUCUACUUCAGAUGGAUUUAUGAUCGAGUCGUUGAGUUUGGCAUACCAUAUCCAUCUGACACACCUGUUGUUCCAAGGAUCACUCCUCCAGAGCGGUUACAAGAGGUUGAGGCAGAAAAAGCUGUGUUAGUGGCUAAUGCUAAGGAACGAGAUAGCAUGCUUGACUAUUUCUCCCGCAAGUGGAAUAUUGAAGACUUCAUCUCGCCUGAUCAAAUACAAUCAUGGGAGCGAGAGAUUGAUAGACUUGUUCAAGAAAAGAAUGAAAUGGUCAAAGCCCAUAAAGAAGAAAUCAAAGGAUUGAAGAGGAAGCGCCGACUUGAAGAUUGA